UAUCACUGCUUCGGAGCACCUCUGCACAACAAAGAUAUGUCCACGACUGCGUGGUGGAUUGAUAGGUUUGGACAAAAGCAAGUGUACUUUCAUGGAACGGGGACCGAUGCCGAAAAACCUUGCACGUGCUCGCAACAGGGAGACUGUAUUGACAUCGAAAAGAAGUGUAACUGCGAUUCUCGAGCGCCGGAAUGGCAAAAAGAUCAUGGCACAAUUAGCAACAAAACAGCACUUCCCGUUACCCAGCUAGUGUUCAAGGGGCUCAAAUUCUCAUCGCAGAAGGCACACUUCACGCUCGGACCACUGCGUUGCUCCGGGUAUCAGAAAAGCGUUCCAGCCAAAAAUUCCGUCACAUCUUGCACGGAUGUACGAGAGGAUGGUCACCUGAAUCCUGGCUACUAUUUGGUUGACCCAACUGACCUUAAAGAGCGGAGAACGGAACUAGUUUUCUGCAAUCCGCAAUUAGAACCAUCCCACGCUCAGUUCGAACGUCGAACUGGAAUUUUCUUGGAACCCACUUCAGCAAAGAAGGAGAGAGAAGAUGUAACGAAGUGCAAACCAACACCAGACGUCAUAUUUGACGCAGUUCUGAACACCCAUCAGUUUAUUCAUGGUCCGAUUCUCUACAACGUCGUCAACAUAAACGUUGGAGAUGCGUUUGAUGCUGACGAAGGAAGCUUUCGAGCGCCCGUCUCAGGCGUUUACGAAUUCUCCUUCCAAGCGUGGAACAACGAGGAAACCGCCUCUGACAUCUACGUGUACAAAAACGACUCAACUAUCCUGGCUCGAUCUUUUUCUUUCGCGAUUGGCGUUUACGGAAGCACUUUCAUGACCCAUCUGGAGACUGGCGAUGCUGUGAAAACUGUGCUCGUUCGCGGCGCGGUUUGGGGGGAUUUAGCUUCCGGAAGUGGGGUGAACGUGGAAGUGUCUCGAAUAGAACCUGCAGUGGUUUAUAAACACGAGGCAAUUACCACCUUCAACGGCUCGAACAUUGAACAACAUUUGACCAACAGUCCAACAGCUUGGGUCGUCGAAUUUUUCUCGAGUUGGUGCGGACAAUGUCGCAAGUUUGCUCCUUUUUGGAAACAAAUCGCCACGAUAACAGAAGGUUGGAAGCGGAUUAUUCGCAUGGGGGCAAUAGACUGCGCGCACGAAAUGAAUGUACAAGCGUGUCGGAAGUACGGUGCUCACGCGUACCCGGAAAUACGAUUCUUCCCGCCGGGACUUGAUAACCAAAACUAUCAGGGAGAAAAAUUUCCCGAGGCACCCGGCAGUACGAAGCUGGCCAUCUUGUACCGCAUCAUGAACUACGUAUCCCAAGUUAGGCAGAAACACAACCGCAGCGAUUUUCCACAUCUAGGCCUGACGAGCGGCGCAGAAGCGAUGUCGUCCGAAUGCAGAAAUCGGAUCUUAUUUUUCGAGUCCCCGUCUGAUCCUGAUGGCGGUUCGACCGGUGCAGAAUUCAUGGCUCAACACACGAUCAUGAGUGCAACCAGAUUUUUCGGAUUGUGUGUGCAUCGGAUCACCACCAAUGAUCCACUCGCGGACGUUUACGGGGACCUGGACAGCACUUUGGGGCACCUGUUGCGACAGGAAAUCACGCUCAGCAUUGGGGCUAUGGACAAAGAAAAGACAAACGCACUGCUAAACUUCAUUCAAGUCCUUCACAAACACUAUCCCGGGAAGCCGAAAACCGUCGAUGCCCUUGAAAGCAUUGCAACUUGGCUGGAAGCUAAUGAUGGACACAUUACCGAGAGAGCUUGGGACAAGAACGACAGGCAUGUACCGAGUCGAGGUGAAUUUUUGGGGUGUCGUGGAAGCGAUCCCAAGUACAGGGGAUACCCUUGCGGAUUAUGGAUGCUCUUUCACACAAUUAUUAUGGAAGCGCACGACGACCAAGAAGGAGAACCACAUUCGAUUUUGACAUCAAUUCACGGUUAUAUUAUGAAUUUCUUCGGAUGCGAUUAUUGCAAGAAACAUUUCGAUGACAUGGCCGAGAAAUUCAACAUGUUUCACAUAAGGAAUAAGACUGCGGCAGUGUUGUGGCUGUGGAAAGCUCACAACCGCGUAAAUUGGAGGCUAAAAGGUGACGUCAAUGAAGAUCCCGAGAAUCCAAAACUUCAGUUUCCACCUUCGGAUAUGUGCGAGUCUUGUCGACACGAGUCUCGGUCAGAUGAUGAACCAGAAGAGGAUCCAGAAACCGAGCUUCCGGAAGUGAACUGGAAUAACGCAGAAGUCUUGAAUUUCCUUCGCAGAUUCUACCUGCUCUCCGACGAUCCUUUGGUGAUCAAUGUUCGCACGAGUCAGCUCACGAACGAAUCUUCUCAAAAGAAUUAUGAAUCACGGCUGAAACCGGCAACUGAGAGAACAGAGCAACCUCAGGGCGAGGCUUCAAAAUCGGCUCGGAUCACAACACAUCGGCACAACCUGGUCGCAGACCUCAACUUUCUUUUGCCCGAAGAAAGAAUCACGGUGAAGGACCUGCGUGAACCGCAAGCAGGCCGUGUGCAGAUUCUGUACAGGAAACUUAUAUGCAAAAUCUUCGGAGACCAGGUGGACUUCAAUCGUGUUCCACAGAGCCAAUUCCCGAGAUACGGCGAUUCAUUUGCCUUGACCGUGCCCAUAAACAUCUGUGGCCUGUUGAAGGGAUUCUUCGUGGAUCUGCCUAUGAACUUCGGUUUCCAUGACAUGGCUCUCGUGGAUUUGCUUAAUCCAACCAAACAGAAAACUGUCAACUAUAUUGGGAACCUGGCAAACUUUGUUUCAUUCUACUUGGAUCGUAUGAAGCAUGUGACUGCAGUUCAACAAAGCUUGGAGGGUCGGAGAGAGCGGAUUGUGAAGACACUGACAGUGAUCGAACAGUACAAAUCGCAAUACAGUGACCUGGUCCUUUCCACAGAAGAGAAGAAGAAUGACAAUGCUCAAAAAAUGAAGGAAGCAACCGAGAUUCGUUCAAUUCUGGUAUCAUUAGAAGAUGAACUGAGUCAAAAACAGGCUACUCUCAAAAGCGCGGAGAAACAAAAUGCUAAACUUGCAAAAGAUUUGGAACUCAUCGAGGAAAAACUGAGCAAUGAAUUAGGGCUCACUGAUAAGCUUGAGGAACAGUGUGUGUCCUCACCAGAAGAGCUGGAAGCAGAAGUUGCUUUUCUCCGUAAACAGUGUCAGGAGAAAGAGCUGCAGCACGAAACCAUUUCUCAAGAAACGGCCCAUUUGGUUGAUGAGAUUGGGGUUACUCAGAACGCUGUAGCACUGGCUGAAGCUGCCAUCUCACUCAUUAAAUCAGUCCAUGAGGCGAGGAGCGAAAAAGAUUUGUUGACCGUUGAAGAGGAAACCUUCCAGAAAAAUCUAGCAGCGAUUUUGGCAGAACUGGGCAAAGUGCAGGAAGAGCAAGCAAGGGUGAAACAAGAAUUAAUCAGGAUGAAUAAAGAAUUAGCCAAAGAACGGGCAAAUGUUGAUUGUGAAUUGAGCGAGAUCGAGAAGCAGUGUGAAGAUUUUCAUAGGGAUUACCUCAAGCCAUCAAGAAUCCACAUCGUUGAUUAUCGAAAGCAGUUCGCAAAAUUAAAUGCUGAUUACCAGAUGAGCAUCAAGGAAGUGUCUGCAAAAGCUAGAAGACUAGCAGAAAUCACCGAACACUUUUUGGAAUUCAGCACAAUAGAAGAUAUGAAGUUCGAAAAAGCCAUGUGUGAAAUAACGGCACCAUUCAAGUUGCUGAUCGACGAAUUGCAAGAGAGAAUUCUGAACUUCCGGGAACUCACUACGGAGUGAAAAGGAAUUUUCCUAUGGCAUUUGCUGUGUGCAUGAAGUGCUAUUUUUGUUUUGAUGAUUUUUUGUGCCUGUUCUCACCCCCCCCCCCCCC